AUGAUGGAUCCUGGAAAAAAAACAAAGCCGUGUGUCGGCAAAGACAAGGAACAAUGCGAAAGGAACUCCGGGAUCGCGCAGAACGUGGAACAGCAAGGACACGCCUCGAUGACCAGAAUGUACCGAUAUCAUCAAAGAAAGACACUGGCUGCAUAUGAGUGUCAAGGAAGCAUUAAUCCUCCAGUCCUGGAAAACGGAUACAAUCCCGGCGCGGAUUGGAUGUUGCCCUGUCGUACCGAAAACACGUGCCCCGUCGACCAGUUAAUGUAUCGUCGGCCAUUCGACGAAAACGCAAACAUGGUGGUCGUAAACCUGUAG